AUGGUGUUCAGGUCGCCACUGGAGCUUUUCUCCGCCUCUCGGCUGCUCCUGCCCCACUUCACCGACGGGGGGACCUUCCAGUCGGGGUCCUGCUCCCCGGAGGAGCCCGUCUCCACCUUCCCUCCCUUCGCCUUCCCCGGCCUCUGCUUCUCGGCCGCGCAGGUGGCCAGCGUCUGCGAGACUCUGGAAGAGACCGGAGACAUCGAGCGCCUGGCCCGCUUCCUCUGGUCCCUCCCGGUGGCCACGGGCGCUUGCGACUCCAUCUCGGAGCAGGAGUCGGUCCAGCGGGCUCGUGCCGUGGUGGCCUACCACACGGGAAGCUUCAGAGAGCUCUACCACAUCCUGGAGACGCACCGCUUUACGCGCGCCUCUCACGGUAAACUACAGGCCAUGUGGCUCGAGGCGCACUACCGCGAGGCCGAGAAGCUCCGCGGGAGACCGCUGGGGCCGGUUGACAAGUACCGCGUGAGGAAGAAGUUUCCGUUGCCCAGGACCAUCUGGGACGGGGAGCAGAAGACGCACUGCUUCAAGGAGCGCACGCGGGGGCUGCUCCGGGAGUGGUACCUGCAGGACCCCUACCCCAACCCGGGGAAGAAGCGGGAGCUUGCGCACGCCACCGGGCUGACCCCGACGCAGGUCGGCAACUGGUUUAAGAACCGGAGACAGAGGGACCGCGCGGCGGCCGCCAAGAACAGGUUGCAAAACCACGGCAUGGGGCGUGAGGGUGCGCGCUCACUCAGCGGGCCAGACUGCAGCCCGGACAGCCCUGACGGGGACGCGCUCCUCUCGGUGACGGACAGUGACUCGGACUUUGACGUGUGA